AUGUCGCGGACCAACGCGUCUAAUGUUAUUAAAGUGUUGCGUGCGACUUUUGCGAGGUUCGGGUUGCCGGAACAGUUGGUAUCAGAUCAGGGACCACCUUUUACUAGUUCAGAAUUCAAAUAUUUUCUUUUGCAAAAUGGUAUCAGGCAGUAUUUUUCACCCGCUUAUCAUCCGUCUUCAAACGGAGCUGCAGAAAAUGCAGUUAACAUUUGUAAACGCGCGAUAAAAAAAGCAAUCAGAGAUGGCGUGGAUGUAGACACAGCCUUGCAGACGUUUUUACUAGCGUACAGAAACACAGUGCACAGCACCACCGGUGAGACGCCCGCUAUGUUGUUGCAGAAACGGACACUACGUUCUAGGUUCGAUUUGUUGCGAACGGAACGUUCAGUAGGCAUCAGAGUACACGAUGCGCAGCAAAGACAAAUCGAUUCAUCGGGUGGGGUCCCGCGAUCUUUUGACGAGGGAGACCCUGUUUGGAUGAGGGAUUACAAUUCCGCAAACAAAUGGGUCAAAGGUUCUAUUACAAACGUGGAUAGUACUCGUAGGUAUAUGAUAGCAAGGGAUAACGGUCAAUUAGUCAAAAGGCAUGUAGAUCAGAUACGGCGCCGAUCUCGGCUAUCGGUUGGUGGACCGAACGCGGAAGAAGAGGGAACAAUAGAGGGUGAGAGCUCCGUAACGCAGGUUGGAGACAACUUAAUAAAGUCGGGGAAGAAUGAGCAUGAACGCAGUGAUGAAUGUGUGAGUGAAGAAAGUAAGUCGAAUUCGGGGAUGAACGAGGAAGUACGGGGUAGUGUUUGUGGUCAGCCGUCUGAUCAAUCACCUGGUAUAUCGGCUCAGCCGCAAGCAGGGUACCCAAAGCGAACCCGAAAACCGGUCAUUAGAUUUCAGUGA